AUGACGACCCUGCUCGAGGCAGCGCUCGGCAGCCGUACAGGCCCACUGUUGCUCGAUGGUGGCAUGUCCACUACGCUCGAAGACGAGCUAGGCGCGAGCACCGAUCACCCUCUCUGGUCGUCUCAUUUGCUUUCUGAUGCCAAAGGGCGCCAGCAGAUCCAGAAAGUCCAUCAGAUGUUUCACGAUGCCGGUUCAGACAUCAUACAGACCAAUACAUACCAGAUGGACGAGUCGUUGUGCGAGGCAAAUGGGCUGAGCGCGACAGAGCUCGUCUCGAAUGCCAUUGCACUUGCACGCUCCGUGAAGGGCUCGCCUCUCGUUGCGCUCUCACUCGGUCCAUACGGUGCAUUGACGAGCCCCGGCAGCGAGUACAGUGGUCACUAUACUGGCCCCUAUGGCCCCUUCGAGUCGUCUCUCCCGGACAGUAGAGUCGAUCCGAGCUCAACGCUUCCACCAGCUUCAGAUGCAGAGUGCUACGAAGAUGCAUUGACUGAUUUUCACACCAAGCGCUUGCGCACCUUCUUGGCGAGCGAAAAGCCGGAUCUGCUUGCCUUUGAGACAGUGCCCCUGCUAACAGAAGUUCGAGCUAUCCGACGCGCCGUCAGGCUUUGCCAGACUGAAUUGCCUUACUGGAUCUCAUUCGUUCUGCCGGACGGUAUCUGUCCGCAAUCUACACAUCCCACUAUUGAUGCCAAACGCUGCACACUCGAAGCUCUGACGCUUGCCGCCUUGCAAGGUGAACAGCCGCCUGUCGCGAUUGGCAUCAAUUGCACCCAUCCAAGCCUCAUCGCAUCCAAUGUCAUACGUAUGGCUCGUACAGUCUCGUCGCAUAAGCUGAGCAUACCUUGGCUUGUCUUGUAUCCUGAUGGCGGCUUGACGUAUGAUACUGUGACCAAGAGCUGGCACGCGAGAGAAGCUCAGCAAAGUGACAGGAGUUGGGCAGACGCACUCCUUGACGCUGCUUCCACAGGCGAUCGUGCAUUUGCUGGCUACAUUCUGGGUGGCUGCUGCAAAUCGACACCUAGCUACAUAGCCGCGCUCAGAAGCAUCUCUGGCUAG